AUGUCUAGCUGGUCGAAAAAGUUACUUGCUGUUACCUCAAUAUUGGAAGGCGAUAAACUCGUUCUUCCACCAAUAGUACUCGAAGAACUUCUUGAAAAAUUUAGUCAAACUUCCGAAAACGAGGAAGAUACUCCUUCAAAUUCACAAUUACCUAGUCCGCUCACAUUUCAAAUAUUAAAUCCAAAGACAAGAUUAAUAACUCAUGGAGGUGUAUUAGAGUUUAAUUCACCCGAUGAGAAAGCUUAUUUACCCCAAUGGAUGUAUGAUUCGUUAUCACUUUCAGAAGGUGACGAAAUAGUUAUACUGCAUAAAGAAUUACCCAAAGGGACUUGGGCACGUUUUCGACCUCUAGGCUUAGAAUAUAAUGAAAUUAAAGAUUACAGGGCAGCAUUUGAGGACUAUUUACGUUCACAUUACGUAACGCUUACAGUUGGUGAAGUUCUUGGUUUAAGACAAGCCGAUUCGAUUUAUAAAUUUAUAGUGGAUUCUUUGCAACCUGAAAAUGCUGUAAGAAUAAUUGAUACAGAUUUGGAAGUUGAAAUAGUUCCAUUUUUAGAAAGUGACGGGGUCUCAUUAUCUAAUGAAACAGGAAAUAAAAGACAUCAGCGAAAAGAAUAUAAAGAAAGUGAAGUUUCUAUCGGUCAAAUUAUCAAAGGCACUGUGCUGAAAGAUGAAUAUACCUAUUGGAAUUUGAAAUCAAUCGACCGAUCACUCGGUGUAAAGAUACAUGUAAAGAUAUUAGAUGGAGGAGAUGCAGAUCUUGUGAUUUCUACAGAAAGUAAGCCUACGAUAGAGGAUCAUCUUUGGUCGGAUUUUUCAUUUUUAUCAGAAAAAUCUGUUUGCAUUCAGCCAACGAACUCUGCGUAUGCUACUAGUGAGGAACUUUACAUCGGAAUUCAUGGUUAUGGUGAAUCGCAGACAAAUUAUGAAUUGCUCAUUACCAAUACCGAUAUCCCUGUAACCUUACAAGAACAUGAUGAUGAAAAUGCAAAUAAAGUAGGAUAUGCACAUUGUAGAAAUUGUGGAAGUUGGGUUCCUGAAAGGACAAUAAUUCUACAUUCUAGUUAUUGUGAGCGUAAUAAUAUAAAGUGCAAAGUAUGCGGAAAAAUUAUGAAGCGAGGCGAAGAAAAUUCGCAUUGGCAUUGUGGGCUUUGUGGUCAGCCUGGUGAUUCACCUGAAGGAAAAAUCAAACAUCAAGAAAUAUAUCACAAAAGGCGAGAAUGUUCGUGCGGAUAUUCUACAGACUCGCUACCAUCAUUAGCCGCUCAUAAACAAUCAGAUUGUCCAAAUAAACUUAUCACCUGCAGGUUUUGUCAUAACUUGGUUAAAAAAGGUGAAAUCCCGACAAAUCCCAGGGACUUACUUGAAGGACUAACAGGACAUGAAUCAUAUUGUGGAAAUCGAACAAUUGAUUGUGUUAAGUGCAAUCAGUCAGUUAGCAUAAGGAACGUUCCAAUGCAUGCUAAAAUGCAUGAGAUAGAAAAACAAGGCCGUAAACUACCACCAUUAUGUCGAAAUGUCAAUUGCACAAGAACAGUGGAAAAUAAUACAUUAAAAUUAUGCUCAGUUUGUUUCGGCCCUUUUUGGUCUCCUGCUAAUGAUCCAAUGAAUCGAAAGUUGCUAACGAGAUUAGCUCGAAAAUAUCAUCAUCAGUUAACAACUGGAUGUGGACAUGCUUGGUGUAAUAAUCAGUAUUGUGCCAUCGGUGCAUCGAAACCAUUAGAUCCUAAUACUGCUGCUUCAACAUUGGUUCCACUUCUUCAAGAAUCACAAUCUGCGACAUCACCCGCACUUUAUUUAUGUGUAGACCAAAUAGUUACACGAAAACGAAUGCUUGCUAAUAUCCUUUAUAAUGGACAAGAUGGAGAGGGAAUACCAGGGGAAUACGGUAUAGAGUUCUGUAUAGAAGCAAUCGAAUUAUCAAACGAAAAUUUAGCAGAGGCACGAAAAUAUCUACGAGCAAAUGCUCCAAGGAGAAUAUAG